UUCUAGCUGCCCAAUCACUGCUGCCACUGAGGCCUACUUCAGCAGAUGCCGGACCGCGGGUUACAGCUUCAGUAUCGAGGAGCUGUCCAUUGUGCUCGACCUGCCUCCAACUGAUGGCAAAGAUGGCUAAGGUGAAACAGGUGGGAUUGCUUGCUGCAGGCUGUCAGCCUUGGAAUAACGACGUAUGUGCAGCAAGUGGAGACCGCUUCGCCUAUUGUGCUACUCUUGCCAUAUAUAUCUACCAGUUGGAUCAGCAGUACAAUGAAUUCAAGUUGAAGUCCAUCAUGGCAGAACAUAAAAAGACUAUAACAGCCAUCAGUUGGUGUCCAGAUAACCCUGAUCUAUUUGCAUCGGCUUCAGCUGAUAAUCUGCUCAUUGUGUGGAAUGUAGCUGAGCAAAAGGCUGUAGCACGACUAGACAACACUAAAGGUGUCCCUGCUGCAGUGAGCUGGUGCCGGAAUUCAGCUGAUGGUGUGGCGUUUGUCUCUCAACGUGGCCCUCUUUAUAUUUGGGUCUCUGGAAAUUCAGACUCUGGAGUGACAGUACAUAAAGAGGCCCACUCUUUUCUGUCUGAUAUCUGUCUCUUCAGAUGGCACCCAAGCAAAAAGGGAAAACUGGUAUUUGGACAUACAGAUGGGAGUUUGUCUAUUUUUCAGCCAGGAUGUAAAAGUCAAAAGCACGUCUUGCGUCCUGAGUCUUUAGAGGGAACGGAUGAAGAGGACCCAGUCAGCGCCCUGGAGUGGGACCCUUUGUCAACAUCCUACUUAUUAGUGUCCAACCUCAAUAAUGGCAUCAGGCUGGUGGACAGUGAGGCCUUGGCUUGUAUUACGUCUUUCUGCUUUCCCUCGGCUGCUGCAUCAGUUCAGUGUCUUGCAUGGAUUCCCUCUGCCCCCGGCAUGUUCAUCACUGGAGACUCCCAGGUUGGAGUAUUGAGGAUAUGGAAUGUGUCUCGCUCUACUCCAUUGGACAGUUUCAAACUGAAGAAGACGGGCUUUCAUGCUUUACAUGUUCUCAACUCUCCCCUUGCAAAGAGAGCUCAGAGUUCCUGUUGUUCCGGUAAAAGUCAACACACCAGCUCUACGAGUGAGGCAGUACCUCCCCCGACCUUGUCACAGAACCAGUCCUUCUCUUUGCCUCCUGGCCAUGUAGUGUGUUGUUUUAUGGAUGGAGGGGUAGGACUCUAUGACAUGGGUGCCAAGAAGUGGGACUUUCUACGAGACCUGGGCCAUGUCGAGACCAUCUUCGAUUGCAAGUUCAACCCUGAUGAUCCUAACUUGUUGGCCACUGCUAGUUUUGACGGAACCAUCAAAAUAUGGGACACAAACACACUAACAGCAGUUUAUACCUCCCCAGGCAAUGAAGGUGUGGUUUACUCCUUGUCCUGGGCUCCAGGUGACCUAAACUGCAUUGCAGGAGCAACAUCACGCAAUGGAGCUUUCAUUUGGGACAUCCGGAAAGGAAAAAUAAUCACACGCUUUAAUGAGCAUGGUAAAAAUGGCAUAUUUUGUAUAUCCUGGAGUCACAAAGAUUCAAAGCGAAUUGCAACCUGUAGUGGUGAUGGAUUCUGCAUUAUUCGAACCAUUGAUGGUAAAAUCCUUCACAAGUACAAACAUCCUGCUGCAGUCUUUGGCUGUGACUGGAGUCAAAACAACAAGGAUAUGAUUGCUACUGGUUGUGAGGAUAAGAAUGUUCGCGUGUAUUACCUGGCCACCAGCUCAGACCAGCCACUCAAAGUCUUCAUUGGACACCUAGCUAAAGUAUUUCAUGUCCGUUGGUCUCCGCUCAGAGAGGGGAUACUGUGUUCUGGAUCAGAUGAUGGUACUGUUCGUAUAUGGGACUACACACAGGAUGCAUGUAUCAAUGUGUUGAGUGGUCAUACAGCACCAGUCAGAGGCCUGAUGUGGAACACAGAGAUUCCAUACCUCCUAAUUUCAGGCUCUUGGGAUUAUACAAUCAGAGUUUGGGACACAAGAGAUGGCAACUGCCUGGACACAGUCUAUGAUCAUGGUGCUGAUGUUUACGGUUUAACAUGCCAUCAGAAUCGUCCUUUCACCAUGGCCAGUUGUAGCAGAGACAGCACAGUGAGGCUUUGGUCUUUGACCCCUCUAAUCUCUCCUCUGCUGCUAAACAUCCUCACCAACCAACCUUGGGAGAAAAUAAUUGGAAAUACUGAUAAAGCUAUGGUUCCCAACUCUCCACCACUGCUCUGUGGCAAAGUAUCAAGAGACAUCAAACAGGAGCUGGAAAAACUAUGCUCUGACAUUACCGCCAAGAAGCUGCGUUGGUUCUCCGAAUGCUGUUCGCCUCCAGGGGGAAGCAGCAACCUGUGGGACUUGGUAUCUGUCAUUAAUGGGCAGGACGACUCACUGCUACCAGGUAGCUACAGCAAGGGCGUAAUGCACAUGAAACAUCUACUGAAGUUUAAAACAUCUGAAGCCCAGGAAUUGACCAUUGUCAUGAUGUCUAAAUUCGGAGGUGGUAUUGGUGCUCCGAGUAAAGAAGAACGCCUUAAAGAAGCAGGAGAUAUCCAUUUGAGACUAGGACAGAUUCAGCGAUACUGUGAAUUAAUGGUGGAGCUUGGACAGUGGGAGAAAGCAUUAGCUGUAGCACCAGGAGUAUCCAUGAAGUACUGGAAAAAACUGAUGCAAAGGAGAGCUGAUCAGCUGAUGGUGGAGGAUAACGAUGAUGCAAUCCCGUACUGUAUUGCUACAGGAGACGUUAAGAAACUUGUAGCAUUCUUCACUGGCAGAGGACAACUGGUUGAGGCCUUACUAGUUGCACAGGGGGCAUGUGAGGGGAACAUCUGUACACCGCAAACCUCCUCUAUCAACCACAAGAACAAUGAUGUGGAUAACAGACAUCAAUACCAAAGUCUACUUCAUCAGGUAUGCGAACAGCUGGCUGAGUGGUACUUUCAGGAUGGCUGCUCUGUUCUGGCUGCAUGCUGCCACCUAGCAGUCGAUAAUGUCAAGUUAGCCAUGUCUAGUUUGAUCAGAGGUAAUGAGCUGGAGUUGGCUGCAUGUGUGGGUAUAGUUCUUGGAGAGACGGCCGCUCAGAGUACGGCCUACUGUCUUGAACUCCUGGCCAGGAAGUACAUGACCCCACUGACAUGGAAUCUGUCAGUUGAUCUACUCAAAAUGAUUCCUGAGAAUGAUAUUUUACUGGCUAAGGUCUGUGCCUUUUAUUCUGGGAGUACUGCAGAAAUCAACCAGUUACAUGAAAGGUGUUGUCUCCCCUCGUUAGAGGAGUGUAGAGCAUUAGCAGAGGAAUCCAUGAGUGAAGGAGAUCUCUUUUCAGCUGUUAAAUUUCACCUUCUGACCACUGAACCUGAGAACGCCCUUAAGAUAGCAAUUGAUCAUGUCAAAGAAUUCAGCGACCAGCGCUUGGACCAACCGUUGCCCCCUCCCGCAACUGCUGCAUGGUCGCCACAGAGCUGGGCUCCAGCGGCGCAAGACGCACGACCGCCCCGCGACCCAGUUCCGACGCCGCGGGUGCUGUGGCCGCCACCAGUUCCGGCGGCGUGGAUCCAGCGGCCGUUACCCAGUCGGCCUUCGGCGGUGUGUGACGAGUGGCCACCACCAGACCCAGUUCCAGCGAUGCAAGAUGCACAGUUGCCCCUCAACCCAGAUCCAACGGCGUGGAAGAUGCUGCGGCCGCCACCAGUCCCGGCGGCGCGGAUCGAGCGGCCGUCACCCAUUCUUCUUUCAGCAGCGCAAGACGCACGGCCGACCCCCGACCCAGUCCCGACUGCGCGGAUGCUGCGGCCGCCACCAGUUCAGGCGGCGUGGAUCCAGCGGCCGUCACCAAGUUGGCCUUCGGUGGCGUGUGACGUGAGGCCCCCACCUUGACCCAGUUCCGACGGCGUGGAUGCUGCGGCUGCCACCAGUUCCGGCGGCGCGGAUCCAGCGGCCGUCACCCACUCUGCUUUCAGCGGCGCAAGACACACGGCCGACCCAGUUCCGACGGCGCAGAUGCUGCGGCUGUCACCAGUUCCGGCGGCGCGGAUCCAGCGGCCGUCACCCAGUCGGUCUUCGGCAGCGUGUGAAGUGCGGCCGCCUCCCCGUACCCUCCCGCCCCUUGUUGGACAGUUUCGGAUGUUUUUCUUUUUUGGGACAUCGGGAGCUGUCCCUUGUGGGGGGGGGGGUUCUGUCACGACUCGCCCCUCCUGUGUGCUCAUGUCCGUGGUUUCUGUCUGUGUGCUCGCCCCACCGCUCCUGUGUGAUCAUUCUCACCUGCCUCUUGUUACCUGUCUUGUAUUUAAGUCCUGUCUGUGUGUCACUCCCUGUCGGAUCAUUGCUUGUCUGUUGCGUGUGUGUGCGUGUUGUGGGUUGUGUGUGAGUGUCACGAUGUCUUUUUGGUUCCUGUUGCUGUCGUCAUGUCCUGCUGUCUUCUUGUUUCACGCCCCGGUCAGUCACUUAAGUUAUUAGAUGUUGAAAACCCUAAAUUCCUUGCAAUUUUGCGUUGAGAAAUGUUGUUCUUAGACUGUUCAACUAUUUUCUCACGUAGUCGUGGACAAAGUGGUGAAACUCGCCCCAUCCUUGCUUGUGAAUGAGUGAGCAUGUUUGGGGAGGCUCCUUUUAUACCCAAUCAUGGUACCCAAUUAGCCUGAUCACAUGUGGGAUGUUCCAAAAAGGUGUUUGAUGAGCUUUUCUCAGCUUUCUCAGUAUUAUUUGCCACCUUUCCCUACUUCUACUGGAAGUGUUGCAGCCAUGAAAUUCGAAGUUAAUUAUUAUUUGGCAAAAAAACAAUGAAGUUUAUCAGUUUGAACAUUAAAUAUGUUCUCUUUGUAGUGUAUUCAAUUGACUAUGGGUUGAGAAGGAUUUUUAAAUCGUUGUAUUUUGGUUUUAUUUACAUUUUACACAAUUUUCCAACUUCAACCGAAUCCGGUUUGUAGAUUGUACAAUGCUUUUGGAAAUGGUAUUGGUACAUGUGAUUUGUCAAUGCUUUAACUGUUGCACUUUUCAUUGAUGUCCAAGUUUUCUUAAUGACUAAUUAUUGGUUGCUUUUGUGUGAAACACAGUCAGUUUUUAGUACUUGUGUUUAAAUUUACUUGAAAUGGGGAUUUGCAAAAAAACCACCACAUUUUGAUUCUACAUCGAAGAUUUCACUAUAUGAUUUAUUUUCAUUGUUGGACUUGACUUGACCAAUGUACUACACUUCAUCAUUCUACUGUAUUUGGUCCUAAAAUUCGACUGGUUACUAUACAUUUCAACAGUGCAAGAAUUAGUUGUAAUAUUUGCUUGUAGUCAAAUUUGUUUUUAUGUUUGUAUACAUCUGCAGCAUGUUUGAUGACAGACUGGCUUU